GUGACAAGGUGUUUGGAGCCACAGGGAGCCAGGUCUUGAGUAAAACCAUGGCUGGACUCAAUGUCUCCUUCGGGUACUUCUUUGCUGUUGUGGCUUUCUGCGAGGUGAUCAGGAGGACUUCCAAAAAGAUUCUGUCGCUUUGGAUCUACUCCAACAUUAUGGCUGAGUUUCUGGCUUGCUUGCAGCUGGCUUCCUGCUGGUUUGAGCUCAGGAUGCUGGUGGUCAUCGGGCCCUGGGGGGGUGGGUUUGGGAUGGAUGUGGUUAUAACCCUGCUGUUCCUCCUCGCCUCAGUCCACGAGGCUACGUGUGACAGAGCUGAGGCCAAUCCCCUGGUCACAGCACAGGAAUUUCUCCGUUCCAACAGUCCUGCGGUGGCCAGCGCUGUAAAGAUCUUGGCUCAGUUUGCAGGGACACAGUUAGCCAACACAGCGGUGAAAAGGUACUGGUCCUGGGAGCUGACGGAUUUGCACCUUAUUCAGAACAUGAUGGCGAGUGAGUGCAGCUCAGCGAUCCAGACAUCCAUCAGCCAAGGAGCCUUUGUCGAAGCCUCUUGUGCCUGCCUUUUCCACCUGGUGCUGAUGAAGGUCGAGGGAGCAGCUCUCAGAUACAGGAUCCUGUCUAAAGCUUUGACCAUCACUGCUCUGGUGCAUGUAGCUGGCCCAUACACAACAGCUCUGUUUAACCCAGCACUUGCAUUCUCAGCCACGUUCCACUGUUCUGGAAAUACACUGUCAGAAUACAUGCUGGUCUACUGGCUCAGUCCAUUCAUUGCAACAAUUUUGGCCAUCUUUUUGUUCAAUGGAAACAUCCCUCGGCUUUUCUGCAAAAAUCUCCUCUACACGCAACGGACAAGGUACAAAAUUCCCAAAGGAAAUUCAGCACGAGAUCAGGAAGAGAACAAGUUGGUCAGCAGUCAAGGAAAGGAGGCUCUUGGAAGAGGAGCUCAAAGAUGAACCUCUGGAUCAGGAAAACACGUGAGACCUGAGGUUUGAUAUGAGAAGUCUGUGUGCAAACCAUGUGUUUUAUUUAGUGGAGUAACGCACUGCCCGGAAAGAUGGUGAAACUGUGUCAGUUAUUAAUUUUCCAAAGGAAAUUGGUCAUAUAUGCCGAUAAAAAUUACAUGCAGUUGGGAAAAAAGUCAGGUAUGGGGCCAGUUGGAUAAUUCAUUCGAAAUUCCAGCACAAGGAGCUGAAUGACCUUUUCCUUUGCUAUAAGAUUCUAUGAUUCCGUCAUCAGAAUUUUAAGGGAGUGGCGUGUGUUUAAAAGUCCCCACUGCAGCUUAUUUCAGUGUGUGCUGAGUGUCUCACCUUGUGUACAACAUAAUGAUAUUUAAGUCAACUCCUUUAGACCCUGUUUGCAUGUUAGAGAAGAGUAACUGGAAGGAGUUAUAUGGUGUAAUGUGCUGGUAGCUAUGUCUCAAUUUCUCCCACUGGUGUUACUCUGAUUGUCUCACAUCACUGACAAUAACCAUUGCAGUUGGUGCACAUCACUGCCAAAACAGACGUUUCAGUUAAGAAUAAAAGCAUUUCAGAAUGA